AUGAUUUUUAAAGCUUGGGGAAAAGUAUCAGAGAUUACAAUACGAAAUUGUUUUCGUCACGCUUUUUUCAAUAAUGCAAUACCACAACAAACUGUCCAAGGAGAACAAGAAGAAGACAUAAGUUUCCCAAACUUAAAUGAAUAUGUUAACUUUGAUAAUGAUGUGCUAACUUCAGAACCAUUAAGUGAUCAAGAAAUUAUUUCUUCAUUGAUUAACCAACCCGAAGAACCUGAGGAAGACGAUAAUAGUGAAGAAGCUGAUACUCCCGAUGGAGAUUUAUCUAUUAAUGCAGUGUUCAAUGCAGCAAAGAUGUUAGCAAAUUAUAUGGCUCUGAAUAACGCAAGUCCAAAGAUAAAUUUUGAAGAACUAGAAAAAAAAUAG